UGUUUUUCCAUAGGUCCUCACUCUCUGUCCCCUCUCCCCCCCCCCCCCCCCCCAAAACGCUCUCUCUUUCUUCUCCAUUAUUUAUUUCUUUAUUUACGCUUUUCUAUUUCUUCUUAACUCCUUCACUUCUGUUCCCACUCCCAUUCUCAAUCUCUUUCCCUAUUUUCAUUAUUUAUCGAUCAUGUUGGCCAUGGAAGCCGCCUCCUCCGCCGUCACCAGUUACACCUCCGCCUCCACCACCUCCGACAACCACCUCCACUAUCCUCUCUUGCUCCCCGCACCACCAUCUCCUCCCACACCUGCUCUCAGCAGGUACGAAUCACAAAAGCGGCGAGACUGGAACACGUUCGGGCAGUACCUAAAGAACCACCGCCCACCACUGACGCUAUCCCGUUGUAGCGGGGCUCAUAUUCUGGAGUUCCUCCGCUACCUGGACCAGUUCGGUAAGACGAAGGUCCACACCUCCAGCUGUCCCUUCUUCGGUCACCCACAACCCCCUGCUCCCUGCCCCUGCCCUCUCCGCCAGGCCUGGGGCAGCCUCGACGCCCUCAUCGGCCGCCUCCGCGCAGCUUUCGAGGAGAACGGCGGCCAACCUGAGACCAACCCCUUCGGGACACGAGCCGUGAGGCUGUAUUUAAGGGAAGUUAGAGAGUCGCAGGCGAAAGCCAGAGGAAUUGCUUACGAGAAAAAGAAGAGGAAGAAAUCCGCCAUGGCUUCGCUAAAGAUCAACCACCACCAACCCAUGCCUUCCUAAUUUUCAUUCUAAUAAGCUAUGUAUUAUUAAUCCAUUAAUCUUAAUCUCUCCCUUUGAUUAAUUGGGGAAACCCACUGUAUCAAAAUUUAGUAUAUAUAGUUUAGUAUUUUGUUUAAUUACCCCCUUCCCAGUUCCCAUUUCCCAGUUCCAACCCCUUGUUUACAUAUUUAUCGUUAUUGAUUAGACAAUUUUCAA